AUAGUCAGCAUAACUAUUUAAUACACUGUACAUUUUCUUUCCCUUUUUUGUUUUUCUUUUCUGUCAAAGUUUCAAGUGGCUCAGUUUGCUAAGAUUCUGAAACUUGUUGUUACUUGAAUUAUAAAAGGCAUCCCAAAAAUCAGAACCUCUUUAUUAUCUGAUCUGAAUAUCCAAGAAAAAAUCAAAAACUCUCUAUAAAUACCUAGUUAAAGUGAUGCAGAAAACCCAAGUUAUUUGUUCAAUAUUCUUGGUUUUGUGCUUAGUUGCAGCAACCAAAUCAAUGGGAGGUUCUGAAGAAGCAAAAGUGUAUAUUGUUCAUACUGAGAAACCUGAAGAUCAAGAACCUGAGGAGUACCAUAUCAAGACCUUAGCUUCUGUUCUUGGCAGUGAGGAUGCUGCAAAGGAGGCUUUGAUUUAUAGUUACAAACAUGCAGCUAGUGGGUUCUCUGCCAAGCUGACUCCUGAGCAGGUUUCUGAGCUUUCAAUGCACACGCUGCCGUUUUCAAAAUAAGAUUCGACUCCAGUGAUGAUAGCAAAAUUUUGACUCUUACCCAUUAGCCUUUGUUGAAGUCGUGUCUGCCUAGGUGAGGAUUGUGGUCUUGCUUCCGGUUUGGGGUUUGGGAAGGGGGUUGGGGGGGUUCCAUCUGAUGGGCUUCUAGGUUUUACUGUUUUAGUGCAGUGCAAUGGUGAAUCUCAAACAUGGGUCGUGCAUUUCUUAAGAUUACAUAAUGAGAGUUGCGAAGGAUUUUACGGGUCUUCCAUUCUUUUACUUGGUUUUGAGAAACCUCAUAACUGGUUUUCGAGACCAGUAUGUAUAUCCAGAUUUUCUUUUUGCCCGACUAUGAUUAUGGACUUGUUCGAAUUAUAGUCACUGUUGGCUUGGAGGACAUUCAUCUGCCUGUCAUAGUAAUACAGUUACAGAGACCAUAUUGAUGAUUAUUAUAUUCUCAUACUCACCAUCUAUCUUAUGUCUUCAUUAUGUACAUAUAGAAUUUCAUCCGUCAUGCUUACUGAAUAUCAUUAUCUAUAUCUAUCUAUAUUUAUAUUAUAUUAAAAGCAUGAAUUCCCUAACUUAAAAGUUAAAUUACCUAAAUACCCUUAUAAUACCCUACUUAUUAAAAAAAAAAGUAACGCUUACAAAAAGAAAAUGCUUCAUUACCCGCUGUUUCUAAAGUUCCUCUUGAUGAAGAGUUGCCAGCGUUUAGCAAAAAAAAAAAAAAAACAAAAAAAAAAGACCCUUAAAACAAAUCCCAUGCCAAGAUAUAUUCUCUUAGAUUCAUAAAUAGGCAUGGCAAUAAUUCCAUCCACAAAUCUUUGUUAAUUGAAUUUUGUGUGGAUAAAUCCAGAGGAAUUAUCACUCGCACACAAAGCAAAGUAACAGUACGGGAUUUUUCUCAAAUGGAGGUCAUAAUUACUCUUCUUUAGAGAGAGUAUGUCUCUUCUAAUUAAAUGACAAGCCGCAUAUCAAUCGCAAUAAUCCAGGCAUGGAAGAAUUAUGUUUGUUGAAUUCCUACGCCUUACAAUCAUCAGAUUAGAAGAAAAUGGCUUACCAUUUAGUGACGAACACAAAAUAGUUGCCUCGCCUUAAACAUCGCAGUUCAACAUUCGAAAGGAAAACAAGGGAUCCACGAAAAUGCAAAGGAUAGAAUUAAGGAGAAAGUGGUAAUAAAAUAGGGUUUUACUUUCUUAACUCUACUAUCUUUUAUGCAUUUAUGAGUUUUUAUCCUUUAUAAUUAAAAAUUAUUUUCAUGAAUGUUAGAGUAAAUCUCUUAUGCGAUGAAUUAUAUGCGUAAGCACAAACUUUCGAGUUUCUUUUAAAAGCCCUAAAGUUCUCGAUAAAGUGAAAAUUUUAAGCGAAAAGAUCUGAGUUAGCGCAUAAAACUUUCUAUAUUCCAUUGUUAAUUACUUGCAGGUCUGGUAUCUUCUAUUUUUCAUAAGAUCAAACAAAUAUUGUAUGCAGUAUAAUUUAGUGGACUAAAAAAAAAGAAGAAGCACGGGUAAAAGUGAAAAUAUGGGGAAUUAAUAUAGUUGGUGUAAAGCAUGAAAUUAUAGCUAGAUAUGUUAAAGAAACUAUAGUUUAAUCUCUCUUUCAUUAAUUUUAAAGAAAGGCAGUACAGGGUUGUUAAAGUUAAAUUUAAACUUCCUUGUGGUCUCUUGCUCCACUGCAUAUUGAUUCAGACUGUUAGGAUAAUUUAAAAAAUGGAGGAGCACUUGUCGCUAAGGCAGGGCAACAAAAUUUCAUCUUUGGUUUAUGAUUUCUUCCAAUUGAAGUCAUAGUUUCACUCUCUGAGCAUACUGACUUUUGCGGGAAUGGAUGUCAAAAAGUUUCAACCUAAACAAUCUUAAAAUGACACAUGAUUAGUUGAUGGGUGUGUCUUAAUCAGAUUUUCACUAAAAAUAGUUUUAGUAUAUUCUACUGCAUUUGAUUCAUUAGCAUGUUCCAAUUGAACACCUCAACUCCUAAUAAAAUGUUCGGUGAAGGCUCAAAUAUGCCCCUGAACUAUACGAAAUUGCACACAUUUGCCCGUCGUUAAAAGGUUGGUGCAAAGAUGUCCCUAACAUUUUUUUUUUUGGCUAUAUAUGCCCUUGAGUUAACGGAAAAUAUUGGAGGGUAUAUUUGUUCAGUUCGCAUAGUAUAGGGGCAUAUUUGAGCCUUUGAAAUUCCUGAAUAUUAUGGCACAAAAUAUCAUUGCAUUCCAAAACAUAAAAAAAAACAUUUGUAAUUACAAUCCAUCCACCAUUGUAUUACAUCAAAAUCAUACAACUAAAAGAGCAGAUGCAAUUACCAACAUCUUUUAAAGACUGUUUUCACAACAAGAGCAUCAUUUUCCCUUUUCAAAAGAUUUUUUUUACUAAUGAUAAUACCAUUGUUAUUUUUCAAUUUGUUGUUCUUUCUGGAUAUUUUUUGUCUUCUCAGUCCCAAUAUCUACACAAUAAUGGAUGCAACAAUUACUGCAAUAAAACAUAAACAUAAAAAAGGAGAUAACUUAUAUUAGACUUAUGACAUAUGAAAAAAUGUCUCCCGCGGUGCUCAAAAUUUUGAUAAUAAUAAUAGAAAGAGUAUCACAUCUUAAGCAUUUAUACAGUUUCUUACAUAACAUUCAAUGUGGUUUGGCUCUUUCGUGAAUUUCACGCAUAACCGAAAUUUAGUAGAAUUAUUUGAAGCUCAUAAAUGAGAUGGAGUGCAGUAACUCCACGUCCACAAACCCUUCCACAACUCCACAUCCACAAACCCUUCCACAACUCCACAUCCACAAACCCUUCCAUAGCUAUUUGAAGAACUCGAAGCUUCCGACAUUUCAUAAACAAGUGAAAGAAUAAGAGAAAAAAGUGAGGGGUUGUACGAUAAGUGUGGAGUUUCAAAAUGCAGUUGCAAUAAAUUAUUGGCUAGCAUAAAGUGCACUACAAAAAAAACUGAGACUAUUUGUGUCGUAAUAUUCAGGAAUUUCAAAGGCUCAAAUAUGCCCCUAUACUAUGCGAACUGAACAAAUAUGCCCUCCAAAAUUUUCCGUUAACUCAAGGGCAUAUAUAGCCAAAAAAAAUGUUAGGGGCAUCUUUGCGCCAACCUUUUAACGAC